CACAGGGCAGGUGAGGAGGGACUGGUAGGGAAGGUAUUAAGGAAAUGGUGAUUAGUGCCUAAGUGUUCUAACAACUAAGGUUUAAAAAGGCCCUACCCCCAGGAUGGUUUUGUUCACUAACACUAGUGCUUAGGUGGCACAGACAUGUCUUCAUACACAUUUUGUGUGCAGACACUGGGAAAUGAGUAAAGGGAACUGUUGCCCUUGUUGGAGGAAGGACAGUGUCAUCCCCCCUGCUAAUAAGAGAGCUAGAAACGGCAGUUUCCAAAGGCUGUGAGUCAUUCUCUCAUCUGUCACACGUGAGGCUUAGCAUAGUCUGGAAAGCAGGGACAGGGAGGCCUGGGGUCUUCAAUAGCAGAGAGGACUCCAGGCACCUACACCCUGACUCAGCCUAGCUGGCCAGGACAACUGGCUAAAGACCUAGGACUGUCCCUAGUCCUGGGCCACUGCCCCAGCUGCCCUUAGCCUGGGCACCAUGCCUGAGACAUGGCGUAAAAGACCACGAUGCUCAGGUGACCUCACCCAGUACACUGAUCUUCGCCAGCUUCUGUGUGUGGGCCUGUCAGUCCAUGGUGCCACCUCACACGGCAGGGCCUCUCAGGGGUCCUCAGUCUAGCCCAAGGACCUGGGCUUUAGCUGAGCCCCUAAUAGGCCACAGCCCCCAGCUUCCUGCUGGGAAAAUCUAGGAGCUGAGAAAAGAAUCACAGAAUCCUAGAAUGUCAGAGCUGAAAGAGACCAUCUAGUCCAAACCUUUCAUUUUACUGAUGGGGAGACAGGGGCCUACAGAACAGGCAUGACCUGCUGAAAGUCGCACAAAACAAGGAGACAAGUGCCGGUCCAGUGGCUGUGAUGGGAAAGGAUUAUUACAAGAUUCUUGGGAUCCCAUCGGGAGCCAACGAGGAUGAGAUCAAGAAAGCCUACCGGAAGAUGGCCUUGAAGUACCACCCAGACAAGAACAAAGAACCCAAUGCUGAGGAGAAGUUUAAGGAGAUUGCAGAGGCCUACGACGUGCUGAGUGACCCUAAGAAACGAGGCCUGUAUGACCAGUAUGGGGAGGAAGGCCUGAAGACCGGCGGUGGUUCAUCAGGUGGCUCCAGUGGCUCCUUUCACUACACCUUUCACGGGGACCCCCACGCCACCUUUGCCUCCUUCUUUGGUGGCUCCAACCCCUUCGAUAUCUUCUUUGCCAGCAGCCGUUCCACUAGACCCUUCAGUGGCUUUGACCCAGAUGACAUGGAUGUGGAUGAAGAUGAGGAUCCAUUUGGCGCCUUUGGCCGCUUUGGCUUCAAUGGGCUGAGUAGGGGCCCAAGGCGGGCCCCCGAACCACUAUACCCUCGGCGCAAGGUGCAGGACCCACCUGUGGUACAUGAGCUGCGGGUGUCCCUGGAGGAGAUCUACCACGGCUCCACCAAGCGCAUGAAGAUCACAAGGCGGCGCCUCAACCCUGAUGGGCGAACUGUGCGUACCGAGGACAAGAUCCUGCACAUUGUCAUCAAGCGUGGCUGGAAAGAAGGCACCAAGAUCACCUUCCCCAAAGAAGGUGAUGCCACACCUGACAACAUCCCUGCUGACAUAGUCUUUGUGCUCAAAGACAAGCCCCACGCACACUUCCGUCGAGAUGGCACCAAUGUGCUCUACAGUGCCCUGAUCAGCCUCAAGGAGGCGCUGUGUGGCUGCACUGUGAACAUUCCCACUAUUGAUGGCCGGGUGAUCCCAUUACCCUGCAAUGACGUCAUCAAGCCAGGCACCGUGAAGAGACUCCGUGGGGAGGGCCUUCCUUUCCCCAAGGUGCCCACCCAGCGAGGAGACCUCAUUGUCGAGUUCAAAGUUCGCUUCCCAGACAGAUUAACACCACAGACACGACAGAUCCUUAAGCAGCACCUACCCUGUUCCUAGGCUCUGCCCCAGCCAGCCCAGAGUCUACCACAGCAAUACCCCCUACACUCACCCACCCAAUGUGCACCCAGCUUGAUGUCCACUGGACACUGGCAACUUUUUCUAAAAUGCAAAAAAAAAAAAAAAAAAAAAAAAAAAGCCACUGGAUUUCAGGAAAAUGUUCCUGUCCCUGACCCCUUUCAGAGCUGGGCUGCCUUGGGGAAGUGGGUGGGAGGUGGGGAGAGCUAGCCCAGGCCAGGGGUCAAUUUUCACGUCACUAGUUUCUAAUCCAGUUCCCACUCCAGUGGCUGGAGAGUGACCUGAGUGCUACUUGAAGAUACAGAGAUUCCUUGUCCAUGCCUGUAAAUAGCAUGUCCUCUUACCCCUCUCAGCUUUGCUAAUACCUCUCCUCUCCCUUCUCUCCAGCUUCCUCCCAGUGGCAGAGGAAGAAGAUAGAAAGGACACUGCUUUCCCACCCCAACCCCACCCCUAGGUCCACAGUGUCUAAGGUUAAUGCACACAUAUUCACACACACGAAGCACUCACCUAGAGCUAUCUGUGCCUCUCCAGAGUUAAGAAGGGAAGGUCCGUAACCCAUGAAUCGGGCCACUGAGCACGAGACACUUUUCAUUAGGGCCAGGAAGGUGAAUGGGGGCUUGGCAGCCUCCCUGAGAGCCCCCCACACUACCCAGAUCUCCCUGCUGCUCUCAGGAGUGUGCAGGGGUGGAGGGAGGGGAAGAGGGCCUGCUGUAUUAAGGCUAAGAGGUAGGGGGCAGGGUCCAUCCCCCAGCCUUCAUCAGGAAGGGAAAGGGCUUUGGGGUCAGAUGACAGCUAUUCCCCACCAAGAGAUUCAGGGUCACAGGUUUCUCCCCACACCUCUGAACUCAGGGCCUAGCCACCCUCAAACUUCCAAAUCCCAUUUUUGUGAUACGUGAAGCUACUUAUUUCUUACCCUUCAUGGAGGCUGUGUGGGGAAUUUCUAGCCCUUUAAUGCCUGUGUGACCCCACCCCACUCCCACAAUUGUAUAAAGGUCAAGUAGUGAAGGAGCUAGGGGAAGACUGCUUCAGCCAGGUCCUGGGGUGGGGUCUUUAGGUUUUCUCACUUUGACAAGCCCCUGAAUGUUUUUAUAGUAGUUUUUUUGUAUUUUUUUGUAAUGACAGUAUUAUGGAAAAAAAAAAUAAAGUAUUUUAAAAAUAA